GCGUACGCCGUCGAGGUUCACGCAUGCGCGGUGUGGAGUGGUGGCUGAAACCGGGUGCUUGUGCUGACAGGGCCAUAGCCUUCUCCGGACUAAAGUCGAGGCUCGAACGCGCGCAUCUCUUCCUCCCUGGUGCCGCUGCGGCUGCUGUUGCCAGCAUGUUCCUCACCCGCUCCGAGUACGACAGAGGUGUGAACACUUUUUCACCAGAAGGAAGAUUAUUCCAAGUGGAAUAUGCUAUUGAAGCUAUCAAGCUUGGUUCCACAGCAAUUGGAAUCCAGACAUCAGAAGGAGUUUGUCUGGCUGUGGAGAAGAGGAUUACUUCCCCACUUAUGGAGCCAAGCAGUAUUGAGAAAAUUGUAGAAAUUGAUUCUCAUAUAGGUUGUGCGAUGAGUGGCUUGAUAGCUGAUGCAAAGACAUUAAUUGACAAAGCAAGAGUUGAGACACAGAAUCACUGGUUUACAUACAAUGAAAUCAUGACUGUGGAAAGUGUGACACAAGCUGUAUCCAACUUAGCGUUACAGUUUGGAGAAGAAGAUGCUGAUCCAGGUGCAAUGUCAAGGCCAUUUGGUGUGGCAUUACUCUUUGGAGGAGUCGACGAAAAAGGACCUCAACUAUUUCAUAUGGAUCCUUCUGGGACUUUUGUACAGUGCGAUGCAAGAGCAAUUGGAUCAGCUUCAGAAGGUGCACAAAGCUCACUGCAGGAGAUUUAUCAUAAGUCAAUGACACUGAAAGAGGCAAUUAAGUCGUCCCUUAUAAUUCUAAAACAAGUUAUGGAAGAAAAGCUGAAUGCAACUAACAUUGAGCUUGCAACAGUGCAACCAGGGAAGAAGUUCCACAUGUACACAAAAGAAGAACUUGAAGAUGUCAUCAAAGAUAUUUGAUGAGAGGAGGAACUCUCUCAGCUGCCUCAUUCCCUGACCACAGCAAACUGAAUUUUCAGUUGUUUUCCAGUGCCCGUAACUUUAUUUCAGCAGCACGUAUGCCUGCUCUUAAAGGCGCAAAGAUUUUUUUACAGUUUCUGUACAUAAAGAUCUUCAACAAGAGGAAACUAGAAUAAAUCAUUUUGUUAUUCUUACGUCACUAAUUCUUUGAUAAAGUUCUGCGGUGGG